GGGGUACGACCGGUGACGGAGUCGGGGAGGACGGGGCAGGACGGGGAGAGGGGGGACAAGCGCCAGUCACAGACAGAUGUGGAGAAAACAGAGGACGAGCGGCAGCAGCAGCAGAGCAGCGACGAGAAGAGAAGAGAAGAGAGGAGACGAGGCCGGGGGAUUUGAUCGAGAGCAGGCAUAAUCACAUCGGUGGUCUGGCGAAGAAGAAGGACGAGCAGGCGGGCAAGGUGGCCAAGAUGGGACCUCUGGCCACGGCAAUAAUUGCAUGUUUGGGGUUGCUGGCGGGCUGGGCUGCCAUCGAGGUUGCGUGCAAGCCGUGCCUGGACAGUGGAAGGGCAGCUUUGGACAGGAGCUUGAAUCCCGAUUACGACGUCGAUGAUGAACUUCCUGCUGGAGGAAGCCAAAUCCAGGGCGGAGAUUACUCAGAAGCUCCCGGCAAGAAGGACGAGGAGGAAGACGAAGAGGCCGAAGUGAAGAAGCCCCUGACCGGAGGUGCCAGCAAAUCCGAGCCCAAAGAAGUGUGAUCUGUAGGGUGGGAAUCAAAUCCGGUGGUCACACUUCGAGCCAAUCUCUUAAUUUCAGCUUUACGCCUUCUAUGUUCGGCACGAUCUUUGAUGCCACCAGUGCUAUUGUGAUGCAAAGCGAAUCGUUUUAGUUUGUGAAUAAAUAAGUUUUCUUGUAUCUUUCAUCUUGACGGAGUUAUUCUGGUGAUGUUCCAUGACGGGGCUCGUAUCACAAGGUCGUACAAUUAGUGGAGUUUAGGAAGGAUACAAAGAGGGUUUGCCUGGAGCACAUAUUGAAGUCACCGAAGAGCCCAUUUCUGGCCCCACUUAAAUUAUGGUGACCAGUUUAGUCGGGGAAUGUACAAGGUUGUAUAUCUGUAGCUGCAACUUCAUCUAAAACUCUUGUCUGCUCGACAAGCCGUGACACAUUCUUGCCCAUCUAUUUGUGCAUAUUGAGCAUAAGAGGCAAAGUCUGCACACAUCUCUUCAGCAGAAUGCG